GGAGGAAAAGAGAAAACGGAAAUCUGAAGCGGAUUACAAAACCCAAUGCAAAUAUCUUUACAAUACUUCCGGUUCCCAAUCGACAGCUUGGUAACAACUGCCGACCGGGACUAAACGUUCGGAGGGUGCAGCGGCUGCCUUCGAAUGGUAACCGGAAGAAAAGGUUGCGUUGGAUGUUUAGCCGUUUUCCUGCCUCUGCCGGAGGGGAAGGAAAAAAGCAAUAACGCAGAGCGAGAGCGCGCGCCCGAGCCGGCGACGCGCGGGGUGCCCAAGCUGCUGACACGCAAGAGGCGGUGUCUCGCGAAAGCUGGAGAGGAGGAGGGGGCGCUGAGGGGGCCGCUCGCGACGUUGCUAGGAGUGGGACCGCGCCUGCGUACAUUUCUCCUCAGGAGAAAGGCGAUUCGGGGAGAGCGCGCACAAGGCCGGGUGGGAGCGCUCGUGUGCCUCUGGAGAGCCGCAACAUGGAGGAGCUACAGAAAGAUUUGGAGGAGGUGAAAGAGCUUCUGAAAAAAGCAUCAAGGAAGAGAAUUUAUGACGUCUUGCUAGCUGAAAAGAAUAAACUAGAGAAAGAAAUCAAAAACCAACCACCACCUAAACUAAAAGCAGAGAUCUCUGAAGAGGAAAGGCAGCCACCCACAGGCUACACAGUGAAAAUCAACAAUUAUGCUUGGGAUCAGUCAGAGAAAUUUGUGAAAAUCUACAUCACUCUAAGUGGAGUACAGCAUCUCUCAGCUGAGAAUGUGCAAGUCAGCUUCACAGAAAGAUCAUUUGAUCUAUUUGUGAAGAAUCUGAAUGGCAAGAACUACUCCAUGACAUUCAAUAACCUUCUGAAACCAAUUUCUGUGGAGAACAGCUCACGAAAGAUCAAAACUGAUAUGGUCCUGAUAUUAUGCAAGAAGAAGCAAGAGGAAAAAUGGGAGUGUCUAACUAAAGUUGAAAAAGAGACAAAGGAGAAGGAGAAAGCAUCAUAUGACACAUCAGAUCCGAGUGAGGGACUGAUGAAUCUCCUGAAAAAGAUGUAUGCUGAAGGUGAUGACGAGAUGAAAAGAACCAUCAAUAAAGCCUGGGUGGAGAGCAGAGAAAAGCAAGCCAAAGAGGAUAUGCCACUAGAUAUUUGAACAAAUGGUGGGUUUUCUAUAUGGGGCUUCCGAUGUGCCACCGAGAUCAGAAAAAGCAUGUUUACACAACCUUCCAAGAAAAAACAGUGCUCUGCAUUUCCGGUUGGAGAAAUAAAAUAAAACAUACUAUAAAGAAUCUC